ACUUUCUUUAGUAGUUAGGCCGGGUUGAAUUCUUCGGGUUGUUAGGGAUCUUUGCUUACGAUGAGCAAAAUUCCAAGAAAAGUUGUCGCCCUACAGAGCAAGAAAAAAAACAAGCAAAUCAAGAAAAAUGCUACAAAAGAUAAAUCUAUUGGGAACAAGUGUAACGGUUCUGUAGAAGACCAUCCUCAACCACAAUCGCAAAACGAUCCAAUGCCGAAGACUGAACAGGAACCAACGUACUGCGAGUACUCACGAGAUGAGAUAUUGGAAGAGGAAGAGAUUCUCGGAAGUGAUGAUGAUGAGCAAGAAGACCCUCGAGAUUACUGUAUAGGUGGUUACCAUCCUGUUAAGAUCGGGCAGGUAUAUAAUGCACGUUAUCAUGUCGUCCGCAAACUUGGUUGGGGGCACUUUUCUACUGUAUGGUUGUGCUGGGAUUUAUGUUCGAAACGUUUCGUCGCAAUGAAAGUGGUCAAAAGUGCUCCUCACUACACCGACACAGCUCUUGAUGAGAUAAAGCUGCUAUCUUGUGUUCGUGAAUCUGCUCCUGACGAUCCUUUCCAGAACAAAACAGUCCAAUUGCUAGAUGAUUUCAGAGUUUCUGGUGUAAAUGGCAACCAUGUCUGCAUGAUAUUUGAGGUUCUUGGUCAUAACUUGUUAAAACUCAUAAUCAGGUCUCAGUACCGAGGAAUUCCGCUUGAAAAUGUUCGUUCUAUUAUCAAACAAACCCUUCAAGGACUUCACUACUUGCACACAAAAUGCCACAUUAUUCAUACAGAUAUCAAACCGGAAAAUAUUUUGGUUUGUAUUUCUGAUUCCCAAAUCCGUAGAAUGGCAGCAGAGGCCCUUGAUGCUCAGAGACGAGGUGUACAACUAUCAGGCUCUGCAGUAAGUACGGCACCUAAAGAAAAACUAGAUAAAACAAAAAUGACAAAAAGUCGCAAGCGCCGUCUGAAAAAGCAACAACGAAAACAACAAGCUCUUUUGGAACAGGAGCUUGAUGAAUUGGAGGAAUUGGAAUCACAAGAACAUGAGCGUCGUUUGAUGGAUAUGGGGCUUGUUCCUGCUGACAAUGAGGAAGGCUAUGAAGAGCCGAAGCAAGCUGAAGCGUCUCCAGAACAGUCAUACUCCAAUGAGACCAACACUACUCCUCCAACAGCGGAUUCACGCGAUGUCAGUUCAAGCAGAGAUUGUCAGAAUACAAAUAACACUGUUGGUGCAGUGUUUAUGGAUACUGCGCGUGCUGUUGUCUCGGUGUUAGGCUAUGCAGCCUCCAUUCCAUUCAAAGUUUGCAGCAGUAUUUUGGAAGACAAAACAGUUCCUACUAAUAAUCCUCCUAAAAUAUCGUCCGUUCAAAAUGACGAGCAAAGUCUUUCAUGGUUAGGCAAUGAUGUCCCAGGUUUCAUCAAUUAUGAAGACCUCAGAAUUAAGGUUCCUAGCCCACUUCAACCUGGAAAAAAACGUACAGCCUCUAUUUCUGUCGAUUUCACUUCAUCUGAGUCCUCAACUAUCUCCCAUGCAAACGUUCGCAGUCCUCCGCCACAUCGCUCAUUUUUUCACCUUGCUUUCUCUCCUCUGGCUGAUCGACUAGUCCGGAAGUUAUCCUGGCCAUUUAUCUCCAGGUCACCCAACGCUUCUACAAAACCACAGUGUAAAAGUGAAACAGAGCGAUCAAAAGGUCAUACUAAGCAUGAACAGCAUAAAGAGCCAACUGACUUGUCGGAAGAAAGUGACCAAUUUGUGCAAAAAGACAAUGAAAGCGGUAAUGGACCGGCUGUUCGUCGUCGAGUUAAAAAGCUUCCUGAUCAUUCUGGUGCUGCUGAUGACAAAGCCGAUGCUCCACUGGCUUCUGUGACUGAGCCAAAAAAAGCGUCAACUACUACUGGUGAUCGCAGGUCGGUAAUUAUUCAACCAGAUGGGCUUCUGGCUGCAGCCGCAGCAUCGGUGAUGUCUAGUGCUUCCCACUCUCCACCAGAAUCCACAACAAAAAAUGAUCGAACUCAAGCCAAAUCGAGCUUCACGAACUCAAAGUCAAAUAGAAUUGAAGGAAAUGAGAAUAAAUCUAAUCCAGAGUCUAAAUCAUCUGUGACAACCAACACUACUGGUGGAGGUAACUCUAAACGGUUAAGUCUGGUUGCAACAUCUAAUAACAAUUCAGUUUCUGGUCAAAGUACUUCACACAAACGUCGAUCACUGCUUUUUGAAACGGUGAUACAUGAACCUGAUGCAAGUAAAGAGCCUUGUGAUAUUGAAGUGAAAAUAGCCGAUUUGGGUAAUGCAUGCUGGACUUACCGUCAUUUUACUGAGGAUAUUCAAACUAGGCAGUAUCGAGCCUUGGAAGUUCUCAUUGGAUCUGGAUAUGGACCGCCCGCAGAUAUUUGGAGCACGGCUUGUAUGGCUUUUGAAUUAGCUACCGGUGAUUAUCUUUUUGAACCGCAUUCUGGCGAAGAUUAUACACGAGAUGAAGACCAUCUAGCACAUAUCAUUGAAUUAUUAGGCCCUAUACCUAGGAAUAUUGCUCUUUCAGGCAAAUACUCUCGUGAAUAUUUUGAUAAACGAGCUUCUUUACGUCAUAUACGUCGCUUGAAACCUUGGAAUUUAUUCAAUGUUCUCACCGAAAAAUAUGAUUGGCCACCAAAUGAAGCAGCUCUUUUCACCAGUUUUCUGGAACCAAUGCUCGCUUAUGAUCCUAAUAAGAGAGCGUCUGCAUGGGAUUGUUUACAACAUUCCUGGAUAACUGGUCAACCGUAUUCCCCAUCAAUUGAGGGAGGUCUGCCAAAUCAUAUUCCAUUUGGACCUGUUCAUGUUGGAAAUUUCAUACACAGCCUCCCAGAUCUCAGUCCUGCUCCUAGUGAUGACGACUAUGACGAAGAAGAUGAUGACGACGAUGAUGAUGACGAGACUAAAGAAGGUGAAGAAGACGAAGAUGAAAGCGGAGAUGAUGAGGAUCCUCGAAUGCAUCCGUUACAUCUUUCUCAUUACUAUGGACAUCCGCCUAAUGCAUCAUCUGUUUAUCAAUUUUUGGAUCCACCACAAAUGCCACUAGAUUCUCCUGACCAUUCUCAUUAUGCCGAUCCUUUAGCCAUGGCUGUAGCUGCUGGACUACCACCCAGUAAAGCUGCCAUAUUAGCUUAUGCAGCGGAAGCUCUUGGACCAGAUACUGUUUGGGCUGGUUUAGCUGCAGCAAAGAAGCGUCAAGAACAACAGGCUCAGUCGAUUAAUAAGAAAGAAGAGGAAUCUUUAAGUUCACUCACAAAUAAUGAUCAUAUUACAUCACCUACCUCAACCAUCAUGUCUGAUGGUGGUACAUCAUGCAAUACUAAUUCACCACAACAACAAAAGAAGGAAAUUGAUGAUGAGUCACAAAACUGUAGACUUGAUGUGGAAGAUGUAUCCACUUAUUUUUCAACUUCACUUGAAGUACGUUCUGCUACGAGCUCUACAACUGAAGAUAUAUCCAAUACCCCAGAUUAUGUGAAUAAUGUAUCAGAUAUAAGGAAUUUCGAUUCUGAAUUACAACAUUCAGUCAAUGAAAAUAUCACUCAUCAAUGUACUGAACCUACAGAAACACUUACAGAAGCUUAGUUUUCAAAUUCCAAUUUAUCUGAUCUCUUUGUGUUUGAGAACCACCUAUAGGCUUUCAUUUUAUAACUCUUACUUUAAUGCACAUUCACUACUGUCUCAUAAAACAAAACUACGUUUGUAAUUAGAAUGUUCAUAUUAGAAGGAAAAAAGAAGCUCUUCAAAUGAGUUGUCCAUGUUAUAUGAUGAUGUGCAUUAUCACUAUUAUUAUUAUUAUUAUUAUCAUCAUCAUCAUAUUGACAUCAAUUUACCCAAAUAAAUUAGUCGUUCAAUGAAUAUUCACCAAGUGGUAAUGGUGGUGGUGUUGUCAUUUCUCUUUUUUUCUUCUUUUAGCUUACAUUCAUUAUUUCCCAAACACAAAUGUGGUUGGUUUUUAAAUUACAUUAAGCAUACAAACAGCCUCGUAAACUUGAUCUAACAUAUAUAUAUAUAUAUAUAUAUAUAUAUAUAUAUAUAUAUUGAGACAUUGUUAUUUCAGUUUUCUUUUUGUUCUUAUCUAAUCCAACAUAUCUACCCUCUUAUAAUCUGUUUAACAUACAUUACACUACUAACCUGCACCAAAAUCAGAUGUAAAACCUGAGAUAUAUAUACAUAUAUAUAUAAUACUAGUUUCAGUAACUGCUGUACUAUUCUUGUCUAUAAUUUUGUCAUUUCCCUUCAUCUCUCUACUCGUGUACAACAACUUUAUCCUCUGUUUGAGCACUGAAAAUUUCUCGUGUUUGUAGACAUUACUUCUGUCACCAUGUCCGUGUGCAUAUAUACAUAUACGCAUGUAAUUCUUACUUAGGUUAAUCAUUUUGAUCCUAUAUAAAAAAUAUCUUUUGCAUAUUUCAUCGUGAGAAAUAACCGCCCUAUCUUCCAACAAUUCAGUUGUACGUUUUAGUUGUUCGAACUCCCCGCAAGUUGAAGGAAACUGUGCUGUAAACUACACUCGCCAUUAGUUUUUUGUUGUGUGCUUCCAUUUUCAUUGAAAUCAUUUCUUGUGUGUGCGUGUUUAUAUAUAUAAAUAUAUAUAUCACACAUAUCUGCUACUGCACAUGCCGUCCAGUCUAUUCUCGUGUGUUUGUGAGAGAGAAAGAGAAAUUGUUGUUUUUAGAACUCUUUAAGAUUUGACAUUUACUUGCAAAACAAAGAACAAUAUUAUCAUCAUUACUUACAAUACCAGUAACUGACAGCUGAUGCCACACUUCUCUUCAUUAUUCUAUUUCUGCAAAACCGACGAAUCACUCUUAUUUGAUCAAUCGAAGAAGACGUAUUCAAUAGUCAUGUGUUAUGCAUUUUAAAAUUAUUUGAUUUAUUGAACAUUAUAACUAUCUAUAUAUCAUAAAUAGAAGAUAUGUGAUCAAAUGCCAAUUUAUGCAACCUAUGUUUUUACUUUGCUGUUGUUAUUGAUGAUGAUGUAAGUAAAUAUUCACAAAAAUGCAAAAUGCCUUAAUUCUAUUACUAUCUCAUUUCCUUAUUUUCAGUUAUAUACACUAAGCGUAUACACUCACUAAACUACUUCUCAUGUCCCCUUAUCUCGUUUUCUACAUCGUGUUAGAUUGCUAUAAAGUGUUGAGUGUUACUUCGGACUUUUAUUCACCAAAAUAGGUGUAAUUGUGUUUUAUUUCUUUGUGUACAUGUGCUUGUCUAUACAUUAUUUGCAUCAUCAACGGAUUUGCAAAUGAAUUCGAUUGUGCAUUUUAGGUGACCUAAAUAUUUCUGGAUACUUGAUAACCAGUUUUAUCAUUCUAUUCCUUGACUAGUCAUUCACGUAAUGACCAUUACUACCAUUUGCCGUAUUCAAAGUGGUCUGCUCACUAAACUACAUCAUUUCCAGAUGUGUAAUAAUGAAUUACGCAAAUAUGUCUUUAAUGAAUCUGGUUUUGUGAGAAUAUUUAUUUUCUUGUGUGAAU